AUGCUUCCCGAGAAACAAGACGUCCACAUUGAAUUGAAGAAUUUCCAAGCCGGCUCAGUGUCUUCAUUCCAAAUGGGCGAAAAUGACAAUGACAAUUUAAAACCAUCUUAAAGCAAAGAAUUGAAAAAGAAAACUUUUGCCUCGACAAGUUUCAAUAACUGGAAUUGGUGGUGCUAUUGGAACGGCACUUUUCAUUUCAAUAGGUAGUAAAAAUUAUUUCUGGUGGUCCAGCGUCAUUGCUGAUUGCGUUUUGUCUAUGGUCGGUUGUUUUCAUUGGGCUUUCAAUUUGCAUGUGUGUGAUGGUCACCUUUUUGCCCGUUUCUGGAUCAUUUGUGCAUUUUACCGAACGAUUCGUUGAUAGAUCGUGCGGGUUCGCUGUUGGAUGGACUUAUUUUGUAUGCCAGGCAGCCAACGCUUGCUUCGACAUUACAGCGGUUUGCUUGGUCAUAGAAUUCUGGACAGACAAAGUUCCCAAAGCCGCUAUGAUUUCAAUUCUGAUUGCAUUGUUCGCUGUGUUGAAUUUAAUUUCCGUGGUGUUUUUCGGGGAGGGCGAAUUUUAUUUCUCAAUUGGUAAAGUUAUCCUGGCCAUUGGCCUGAUUCUGUUCACUGUGGUAGUUAUGUCUGGUGGGAAUCCUCAUCACAAGGUUUUGGGUUUCAAGACUUGGGAAAAUCCUGGAAGUUUCGCUGAAUACAUUACAACCGGAACCUCUUGUAGGUUUAAUGGAUUUAUGUUGUGCUUGGUUUUUGCCCUGUAUGUCUUCUGGGGUGUCGAUUACUUGGGUAACGCUGCCAGUGAUAGCAUGAACCCCAGAAAAGUCAUACCCAGGUCGUUCAGAGAAGUUUUCGGAAGAUUGAUCAUAUUCUAUAUUGGAGGAGCUCUUUGCGUGGGCGUUUUGAUUCCAUAUAAUAAUCCUGAUAUGAUAAAGGCAAUCACCAAGGGCGCUGCUGGUGCCGGGGCCUCUUCAUACGUUUCUGCCAUGAAAACUUUGGGCAUCGGCGUUCUACCACAUAUUGUCAACGUAUUAAUAUUGACCUCGAUUAUCUCUGCAGGAAAUUCUUAUAUAUUUUCAGCUGACCAGAGCACUGUAUCGUCUGGUACUCGAAGGUCAAGCUCUGGCAAUUUUCCGGAAAGUAACUAAACGCGGUGUUCCAAUUUAUUGCUGUCUUGUAGUGCUUGUGAUAUGUGGCUUAGCAUAUCUUUCCGUUUCCAACAACACUAACAAAGUCCUGACAUGGUUUUUUGAACGUCGAGACUGCGGCAAUGGCGAUUGUUUACAUCUUCAUAUGCAUCAGUUAUUUGCGAUUCCGGAAAGGCUGUCUAGCGCAGAAACUCGAUAUGAGGACUUUACCUUAUCACAACAAAUAUGCUCACUAUCUGGGAUGGCAUUCUCUAUUUUGGUUUACCCUGAUACUUUUUGUGAGUGGGUACACGGUGUUUUUGGAUCAUAAUUGGAACUUCCAGAGUUCCGUCUUCUCAUUUUUCAUGGUACUGUUCUUCAUUGUCUUCUUCGCUCACAAGGUGUACCAUAAAACAAGGUUUAUCAAACCAGGUGAGAUGAAUUUGGUCUCCAUGAUUGAUGAAUUGGCAGAAGAGGAUCAAUAUUGGAUUGAACAUCCACCCAAAUUGAACUGGCUUGACAAAGCUUUCGGAUUUUUGUUG